GUAAUCCUGUCCCAGGGAAAGGAGGGAGGAACGGAGCGGCUUAGGAACCCAUCUCCCAAAGUUGUCGUUCCUUUAGGCUCUUCUUCAAUAAUUAUUAGCCGCCCCUUCAUCCCGUCUUCGUUCGGUCCCUACCUUGCACAUUUUCCCCUAGGGAAGUCGUAAUUAGUAACAUUCCUUAUUACAAUCGAACUGUUGUGCUGAAACCUGACAGCCUGACUCCCGAGUAAGUCGACCAACUCUAGUUACUCAACAGCAUUAACCAAUAACAAGCCACCAGAUAGACAAAUUGACAAAUCUUCAUUGCUCUGCACGUGCUACCCGCCUCUUUCAUCACUAAGGUUGGUAGGUCGCAUGCGGGGAAGCGAGAGCUAACCCGUCCCUUGCUUUCACCUGAUCCCAUUGUUUCAUUUAUCCCCAAAUCUCCACCUUCUCCGUCCGUCUAGGAUAAAUUAGGGUCGCCUUGACAAAGAUAAGCAUAGUCGCUCGUUUUUCAGUCCUUUCUCACAAGAACCAAUGGCUGAACACACGAUUCACACCCUCUCAGAGGUUGCUCAACACAAAUCAAAGAAAGAUUGCUGGCUUGUCAUCGAUGGCAGGGUACUGAACGUGACAAAGUUCGUGGAAGAACAUCCAGGAGGAGAAGAGGUGCUGUUGGAGUCAGCGGGGAAAGAUGUGACAAAGGAAUUCAAGGAUAUUGGACACAGCAAGGCGGCUCAAAACUUGCUCCUCAAGUACCAGGUCGGAGUUCUCCAGGGUUACACUUUGAAGAAGGCUGCAGAUAUCCAGGUUGCGUCGACUGAUGAACCGAAAAAUACGAAAGAGAUGAGUGCUUUUGUGAUCAAGGAUGACAGCAUGCCUAAAUAUGCAGCCCUUGUCGAGUUCUUUGUGCCACUCUUGGUUGCUGGUUCCUACUUCAGUUACCGAUACCUGACCACAGGCUCAUCGAUGGUCUGAUUGAUUUGGUAUCACCAGAAAAAGCAAAAUGAGCCACCAAGCCAAACUCAAAAUGUCUUUCUCCCUAGACAUAAAUAUCGAUCUAGAAAGUUAAUAGUAUUGGAAUUUUACCA